UCUUUUGUUGUUGUUGUUGCUUUCUUUUCUUCUCUCUCCUCUCCCCUUCUUUCUUUCUAUCUCUCUCACCCUGCCACACAUCACACCCAACAGUCUAAACAUUGCAGCAACUGCACCACUGCUCCCGCCUCAGCCUGCAGACAAGAAAAAGGCCAAAAACAAAAAAUAAUAUCAUACCCAUCAAAACAAUUAAAACCCAAAGAUCAACCCUUUUAUUCGGUAACAGUACCUAUCAUGUAAACGAUCUCGUUAAUUGAAUGCUUUUUAUGCACACAACUCUAAAAAUUGAAUCUUUCAUUUACACUUUUUAACCGUUGCUGUUAUUUUGAUGAUAAAUGUUGAAACUUUAUUUUCCGUAUAAGUAAGAAAAUUGAAUUUUGGAGUGUUUUAGUUAAGAGAGGUGGUUAAAUGUGAAGGAUAAUGGUAGAGCGAAUUGGUAAGAGAGUGGGAAUGAAAGGGUUUCCCGAAAAGCGAACCCCAUAAUUGUGUGUAGUGAAGAGCCCAAAAAGGGUGGGAAAAAUGAAGAGAGAGUGAUUGGUCAGUGGGAGAGAAAGACAGACACAGAAAGCGGGUCUCUUUCUUUUGGAGUAUUGGGUCAGGUUCUUUUGGCAAUGCCAAAGUUGGUCACGCUCACUGAAAAUGCAGGAGGCAUGAAACCACUCCUUCAAAUAUCUCACCCCACUCACUACUCCUGUGCUUCUUCUUCUUCCUCCUCCUCUGCCUCUGCUCCUUCUCUCUCUGUUUCAUCCUCCUCAUGCCUGCCCUCAUCGAUCUCAACAGCGCCACCGAGGACCAUGAAACGACAUCGUCUCUCCCCUCCUCCGUCUGCCUCGAACUCUGGCACGCCUGCGCGGGUCCCAUGAUCUCCUUGCCCAAGAAAGGAACCCUUGUCGUCUACUUCCCUCAAGGACACUUGGAACAACACCUUCACGAUUUUCCGCUUCCUGCUUCUGCUAACAUCCCCUCCCAUCUCUUCUGUCGCGUUCUCGAUGUCAAGCUCCAUGCUGAGGAAGGGAGUGAUGAAGUGUAUUGCCAGGUGGUGUUGGUUCCCAAAAGUGAGCAAGUGCAUCAGAAGUUGCGGGAAGGGGAAUUUGAAGCUGAUGGUGAGGAGGAGGAUGCUGAAACUGUGAUGAAGUCCACCACACCUCACAUGUUCUGCAAGACUUUGACAGCUUCUGAUACUAGCACUCACGGUGGAUUUUCUGUGCCUCGUCGUGCUGCGGAAGAUUGCUUUCCACCUCUGGAAUACAGUCAACAGAGACCUUCGCAGGAGCUUGUGGCGAAGGAUCUGCAUGGUCAAGAAUGGAGGUUUCGACAUAUUUAUAGGGGGCAACCACGACGACACUUGCUUACCACUGGGUGGAGUGCAUUUGUGAACAAGAAGAAACUUGUAUCUGGAGAUGCUGUUCUGUUUCUUAGGGGUGAGGAUGGAGAAUUAAGAUUGGGAAUUCGUAGGGCUGCUCAAUUAAAAAGUGGCAGUGCCAUUUCAACUUUUGCUGCCGAGCAAUUGAAUCUUAGCAGUCUUCUGGAUGUGGUUAAUGCUUUAUCAGCAAAACGUGCCUUUAGUGUUCACUAUAAUCCAAGGGUCAGCUCAUCUGAGUUCAUCAUACCCGUUAAGAAAUUCUUGAGGAGCCUUGAUUAUUCUUAUUCAAUUGGAACAAGAUUCAGGAUGCGUUUUGAAACUGAAGAUGCUGCAGAGCGAAGAUUUACAGGAUUGAUUGUUGGAAUUACUGAUGUGGAUCCUGUUAGAUGGCCUGGAUCAAAAUGGAGAUGCCUAAUGGUAAGGUGGGAUGACCUAGAAGCCUCAAGGCAUAAUAGGGUUUCACCUUGGGAGAUUGAGCCAUCUGGUUCUGCAUCUACUGCAAAUAACUUGAUAUCAGCUGGUUUGAAGAGGAUCAAGAUUGGAUUGCCUUCAACAAAGCUAGAUUUCCAAGUUUCCAAUGCAAUUGGAUCAUCAGACUUUGGCGAAUCUCUAAGGUUCCAGAAGGUCUUGCAAGGUCAAGAAAUGUUGGGUGUUAAUACUACUUUCGAUAGUAUUAGUGGUCAGAAUCACCAGCUAUCUGAUUUGAGGAGAUGCUAUCCUGGCUCAAACUGUCCUAGGAUUGCUGCAACUGGAAAUAGCAUUGGAAUUCCACAAGUGAGUUCCAAUGUUUCCUGCAAUGGCAUAGGCUUUAGUGAAUCUUUCAUAUUCCAGAAGGUCUUGCAAGGUCAAGAAAUACUUCCAAGCCAACCAUAUGGAAGGGCCUUGUCUGUUGAUGAGGCUUGUGGAAAUGGUCGCUUUGGACCUUUUGAUGGUAACCACACACCGAGACCCAGCAAUGGAUGGUCUUCCCACUUGAGUAACAAGUCUUCACAUUUGCAUCCACCUGUUCCAUCUGGGCAAGUUUCAUCUCCAUCAUCUGUGUUAGUGUUCCAGCAAGCAGUCAAUCCAGUUUCAAACUCUGAUUAUAACAGCAAAAUCAGUCAGGUGAUGGAAGGUAAAGUCCAUCAACAACUUUCAUACACUUCUGAAGCUAAAGGUGGAAAAUUUGUAUCAGCCCCUUAUGAGCCUCAGCCUCUUCGUGGACUAGUUCAGGAAGGCACAAGUUCUUUUGGUGUCUCAAACUUGCAUAAUCAGUUAGAAAGUUCUCGUUCACACGAUUCUAUUUCAGCACUUCGGGCUAGUAAAGAGUUGGUUCCCACUUGUAAAAGUCGAUGCAGAGUCUUUGGCUUUUCACUAACUGAGGGCGCUCCUGUUGCAAGUACAGAAGUAGCUGCCGCCAACCCAUCUGCAGUCACAUGUUCUGGACCUUCCUUUGCAAGACACGGUGAAGAUGGUUUCCACCCAACGCAUCCGCAUAGGAGCAAGGCAGUGGGAAGUUAUUGCACCAAAAAGCAUGAAAAUGUUACCAAAUUCCAAUUCGCUGUAGCAAGAUAAUGAUGGAUGGUUAACCAAAAGAGUGAAUGAUGUAAUGCCGGGCGUGCUGCAAUAUUGACUUGAAAAAUCAUGAUGUAUUCUAGUAGUGAUGCUGUCUUAAAGUAGCAGAAGAGAAUGUCCACUGCUGUACUAAUGUGGAGAAUAUUAUAACCAUUCGCCUAAAUAGAUAAAAAAUUGGCUGUGACACAAUCAAGUUCCUGUAUUAAUCUUUUAUGUACUCUAUUAUUCAGUUGUAAAACGAUGCAUUUGUAUUUACCGUUAUGGCCAUGUGAGCCAGGUGGCACUGCAUAACCCUUCAUUUAUCUUGAAUUGGGCAUGAUUACUUAAGAGAACAGUAGCUCAUCAUGUUUCAUGACUUUAA